AUGUGCACUAAUUUAAGGGAUAGAUUCGAUAAAGAAAUUAAAGAAUGGGAUAGAAUUAAAUUGAUUAUUAAAAUUAACUUCAGAGCUCUAGAAAUUUUAUUACAGAAGUUUCUUCUCUUCAAUACUACACAUCAGUCCAAUAAUACUAAUGAGGAUUUAACCGACUACAUAUUUAAUUCGUAUACCAACACAAUAGAGGAUAUAGAUGUAGAAACUGGAGGUAAAGGUAAUAUACUUGAGGAUAAAAAUGAUGGAAUAAAUGAGAAAAUUAAUGGUUCUGCAGAAGGAUCCGUUUUGAUAAAUUUAUUAACGGUAAAUAAGCCAGAUGUUAUAAAAAUAUACCUACAAAAACAAAGUAAUAAGAUGUUAGAGUUAAAGUGUGAAAUAAAAAAAUUAAUAAAAUCGUAUCAAGAUAAAAAUUUAAGGAAAAUCCAAAAAAUAUAUGAAGAAUCCCAAAUACUAUAUAAUCAAUCGGUGAAUACUAAUACAAAGCCAAUUUCAACAGAACCAACUAAUGUGAUGGAGUUAAUAAAAUAUGUUGAAUCGCAUUAUAAAGAUAUUAAAAAAGAGAUAAAUGUGAUAAAUGAAUUUUGUGUAAAUUUAAAUGUUUAUCCAAAUGACGAAGAUGAAAUCAAAAAAAAUUUACAAUUCUUACAGAAUCUUAAUAUUGUAUGA